UUAACAACACUGCAAAAAAGUAUAUGUUUCGUUUUUCUUGUCGACAAUAAUAAUAAUAUUAUAAAAACAAAGUGAAAAUGUCAUCUUCAUUAUCAAAAGACCAAGCCAGCACCUCAAAGGAAUCAUUCGAUGAUUUCUACACUGAAGUGAAAGAAAUUGAAAAACGCGAUUCAGUACUAACUCCUACUCAACAAAUUGAUCGUUUACUUCGUCCAGGUUCCACAUACUUCAAUCUUAAUCCUUUUGAGGUGCUGCAGAUUGAGCCCGACGUCGAGGUGGCCGACAUAAAAAAACGCUAUCGCACGCUGUCCAUACUAGUGCAUCCGGACAAAAAUCCCGACAACCAAGAACGCGCUCAAAAUGCAUUCGACAUAGUUGCACGAUCCUGGAAAAUAUUGGAAAAUGAUCUGACGCGCAAGAAAUGUCUGGACGUAUAUGAAGAAGCCAAGGGACGCACAGAUCACAUGAUUGCCGAAAAACGUAAAAAGCUUAAAAAGGAGGGAAGACCCAUGGAACCAAUACUAGAGGAUGAUCCAGCGAAAUACAAACAUGCAAUUUAUGUUAUGGUCAUGAAACUUUUUGCUGAUAUGGAGCGGCGACGACAAAAGCUCGAUCAGCGUGAUCAGGAGGAACGCAAACGAAAGCGCGAAACUGAAAUUGAAGAAGAGGAACGCAUAAAAGCGGAUCGCGAAUGGCAACAAAACUUUGAAGAAUCUCGUCAGAGCCGUGUCAACAGUUGGCAUGACUUCCAGUCUGGCGCAAGCAAAUCAAAGAAAACAAAGAAACAAAAGCACAUGACUGGCAUGAUGGUGCCUCCAAAAUUUAAGCCUGAGACGCGAUGAAAUGUGCGACCUACGUUCAAGUCUACAACGUUAUCCUAAACUUACAUAUUUUUUUACACUUUUUUCUAUAAGUAUGCUUUGAAAUUUAA